AUGGAUUCUGUUGAGAAAUUGCCCCUGGGGUUCAGAGUGGAACCAAAAACCCCGCACUGCAGAGGGUCUCCUGUCUCUCGCACAGAGACUUUUCCGCGCACACCCAGCAAACCCAAAACCAAGCAGAGCAUACUUGCACUCGGGGAUGAAACAGCAGACUUUGCAAUCAUAUGCGAGAGAACGCGGUACACUGCGCAUAAGGCCAUUCUGUCAGCCUCGUCGCCUUACUUCGCGCGCAUGUUCCGCUUCAGCGGCAGCGAGAUUAACAACAAUGAAGUCAAUGUACCAGAUGUUGACGCGCUGUCCAUGAAACAAGUCUUGGAUUACAUGUACACGGGCAUGUACGCGCUUCCGUACGGCAUCCCCAUCCCGGCAACCGACUACUGCAAGCAUAGCAGCUUGGCUCUCUUAGAAGGACCUGUUAGCAGUCCGAAGAUCUUCAAGCGCAAGUGUCCUUGUGCUGGGAAGUGUCUUGCUCCUGCUCAUCUCCUCAUGCAUGUGCGCAUCUACACGGCUGCAGACUAUCUAGACAUGUUUGACCUCAAAUCGUACGCACAGCAGGGUGUGGAGGAUGUAUUGCAUGUUUAUUGGCAGGAUGAUAGCUUAGAGCUGGCUGAUGCACUGGAGGAGGUGUUUACAGCUACGCCGGAUGAUGAUAGAGGGAUGAGAAACGUAUUUGUGGAUGCGCUGAAGGAGCAUCCGGGCUUGGCGGUUGAUGUAGGAGACGUGAGAGCCUGGCUAGAUGCAAAUCCGGAUGUAGAUGAGAGUGUGAACUGGGGUUAA